AUGGGUGACGAGGUACGCCAGGUCCUGCACCGAGUGCUCACGGCCAAUCAGGCCACCGGGCCGCUGACAGAGGCAGGCGAGGGCGACCUCCUCACCAGCCUCCGCGCCCUCAACAAACUCUGCUGGCAGGCGGACGCAGUAAUCAAGGCCGAGGCGCUGUCGGUGCUCUCCGCAGCCGUGCUCAGCCCGCGCUACAGCGCCGAGGUUCGAGCCCACGCCGCAGGCGUCGUCGGACUCGUUGUGAACCACGAUAAACGGACGACGUUGGGCGAGCAGCUGGCCGAGUGCCUGGUGGCGAUGGUAGCCAGCGACCACCGCCUGGCACAGAAGAAGGCCCUCAAGGCCAUCCAUCACUCGCAAUACGCCAGCCUGCAGAACAGGAACCUGCUGGUGGACAAGGGCGUCAUCGAGGCGCUGGCGCGGUUCAUCGGCAACACGCCCUUCCUGGCGACGAAUUGGAUGCGGUUUCGCUGGGCGUGCGGUGCGCUCGGCCACGGUUUCACGCACAACGUCGAAUACCUCCACCGCAUUGCCGCGUGCGACAACCUCCUCCACACCGUGGUCGAGCUUCUGAAGGUGCGCUCGCCCAAUUACGGCUAUGCCAAGUGCAGCGUGUCUCUGUACUUUCAAGAACUCGCACGUUCAGAUGUCGCACUACAUACGCUGAUACACGAGCAAAGCCUGGCCACGGCGUGGAGGUACCUGCUCUACCAUGCCAAGCACAGCCCGGCUAAGAAAGAGCGGGUCGCCAUGCUGAAGCUCUACGUGGAAGCCAUCGUAGCCCAGCGCAGCAAGGCUUGGCGGGUCGCUCGGACCCAGCGUCCACCCGAGGAACACCUUCUUCACCCGUCGAUGUGGAACACGAGGAGCCCGCCGCCCAUCGGAUACAGCACCAGCUCCACGCACGGCACCCCGAUCCUGAGCGACGUCGUCUUCGCAUCCAGCGCCGACACCGUCGACGUCAAGCUGCUGGCCAGAGCCAGGGUGGGCGCCACGGCCGGCGAUGCGCAGAGUGGAUUGGACGCGCUGCUGGCCUUUGUGUUCAUGUCCCCCGACAGGGAGGAGAAGACCCAAAUGCUGCUCGAUCGCUGCGGCCUCGAUGCCUUGUUCAAGGCCCUCGCCAACGAAAGCUCUGCUCUGAACGUGCUCACGGCGUUCAACUGCCUCACUCUCGGCGUCGGGGGUGCAUCCGCCUACGUUCUCGCUGCCUCGCCCCAGUGCUGCUGCGAUCCCGUGGUCGCCACCGCCACUGCCCCGCGCGCCGCUGCACUGGCGGCGGUCGCUCCGCCCGCCGCGGCGGCGGUGGCCGCUCCUGACCCGCGCAUCCCGCGGCCCGUGCGUCGGAACAUCACCCAGUCGGGCUGCUUCGCUCAGUGGCGAGCCGACCAGGCGCUCCACGACGUCGCCUUCCGCUUUCCAAGCGAGGGUGGGGUCACGGUGACGGCGCACAAGCUGCUGCUGGCGGGCAAGUCGGCCGUGUUCAAGGCCAUGUUCACGUCGGGCAUGCGCGAGGCCCGGCGAGGUGGUGCGGACGACGACGACUACAACAACGACGCCGACGGGCUUCCAGUGGUGGCCAUCCCCAACAUCGCGUCGCGCACCUUCCAGCUGCUGCUCGACUUCUGCUACGGCGUCCACCUGCUCGAGCCGCCGAGCCCUGUCGCCACGGGCACCACCGCCACGACGACGGCGCCCGACCCACAGAGGGCGAUUUUGAACACGCUGGAUGCGAUGGCCGCGUGGCUGAGCCGCGCGGGCGCGAGCCUGGACGAGGUCGCUGCGCUUCUGGCCGCGGCUGGCCAGUACGAGAUCCUCGAUCUUGAGGACGGUUGCGCCCACUUCCUCGGCGCCAGGCUGAGUGGAUUGAACGUGAUGGACAUGCUGCGUCUCGGGCUGAUGCACCGCUCGCCGAUCCUCGUUUUCCGCUGCUUCGAGUUCGUGCUGGCCGACCCCUCCGUUGUGCUCCUCAAGCGCGCCGUCACCACGAAGUCGGCCAAAGUCGUGACCAGCAGGAAAUCGCCAUCGCGGGCUGCCGCCACACCUUCGACGCAGCCGACCACCGACGACGAGCAGGCCAAGAAGAACGAAGGCAAAGGCGAAGGCGACAACGAAGGAGAAGAUGGUGGUGGUGGCGAAGACGAUGACGAAGACGAGAGCGAGAUGGAGAUCGACGGCACGAGCCACGGCAACACCACCGACGAACCGGGGGCGCAGCACCAGCGGAGGAGCCGGUGA